AUGAUUGACGACGAUCAGCUUUUUGACGAUGACGACAACAACGUUGGGAUUGAAGAAGAAAUUCCGGCAGAGAUUCUGGCGCAACAAGCACAGGUUGUUAGUACAGUUGCGGCGAAGGACCAGCAGCGUUGGAAACGAGCCCGUCUACCGGACGACCUGAGCAACCAAACGGAUCUGAACCUACAGUGGCUCGACAUGGAUGUUGUUUCGGAAGGACAAGUUCCGAUCUUGCGCGGAUUUGGUGUGGACGAACGGGGACACUCUAUUGCUGUUUUUGUUCACGGCUUUACCCCUUACGCCUACUUUGCUUUGGAAAAUGGCUACGAACUGACGAAUCUGGCCGAGCUGAGUGCGAUACGGCAAACUCUUACGGCGCGACUAGCUGCUGCCGCCCGCGGCGGUACGGCAACACACGCCGAAGUCCUCGGCAUUGAAUACAUUACCGAUCACAAGUCGAUUAUGGGUUACGAAACGCCGCACACCAAAUUUUUGAAAAUCUACGUGUCCUUGCCCGGCCUGGUGCCGACGCUGAAACGCAUCAUGGAAGACGGAAUCGAUCUGCCGGGCAUCACGCGCACCGGUGGAACGAGUACGGGUCUACCACCCACAUAUGCGGCCUUUGAAGCGAAUGUUCCGUUCGUCCUGCGUUUCAUGGUGGAUCGAAAACUUUCGGGGGCUGGCUGGCUGACCUUGCCGUCGGACACCUACCAGAUUCGGGAGAUUCCACGGAAGGAAACCCAUUGUCAGAUCGAAGUCGACAUUUCGUACGACGAUAUUACUCCACGACCAUCGGAAGGCGAAUGGAACAAGAUUGCCCCGUUGCGAAUUCUUUCGGUCGAUAUAGAAUGUCAAGGCCGAAAGGGCCACUUUCCGGAAGCAGAAAAAGAUCCUGUCAUCCAGAUUGCCAACACGAUCUCGCUGUACGGUCAAGAUAAACCCAUUGUGCAGAACGUCUUUACACUCAAAGGCUGCUUGCCCAUUGUUGGGGCUCAGGUUAUUUGUUCCGACGAAGAGGAAGACAUGCUCAUGAAGUGGCGAGCAUUUCUCGAGGCUGCUGAUCCUGACAUUAUCACGGGUUACAACGUUCAAAAUUUCGACAUUCCCUAUCUCUUGGACCGUGCGGACUCUUUAUCGAAAGGUAGCAGUCAUAGAAAGGCGGUGCUUUCCGGUUUCGCCCAGUGGGGACGUGUGCGCAACACGAAGGCCAAAAUGCGCGACACCAUGUUUCAAUCGUCCGCCUACGGCAAACGCGCCAACGUGGAAACUACCAUUGACGGACGAGUUAUCUUUGACAUGCUUCCUUACAUGCAGCGUAACCAUAAGCUGAGCUCGUACUCAUUGAAUUCGGUAUGCGCAGAAUAUCUUGGCCAACAGAAGGAAGACGUUCAUCACUCCAUUAUUUCUGACCUUCAAAACGGCAGCGACGAAGAUCGCCAUCGGCUGGCUGUUUACUGUUUGAAGGAUGCUUUGCUACCACAACGACUCAUGGACAAGUUGAGUGUCUUGGUAAACUAUAUCGAGAUGGCUCGAGUAACGGGGGUUCCCAUGUCGUUUUUGAUCUCACGAGGCCAGCAAAUCAAGGUCUUUUCGAUGAUUCUACGCAAAUGCCGACACGAGAAACUUCUCGUUCCUACCCUGAGGAAGAGCGGCAACGCCAAUGCAGAUGUUGGGUACGAAGGAGCUACUGUCCUGGAUCCCAUCAAGAACUACUACGAAGUACCGAUAGCCACAUUGGACUUUGCAUCCCUGUAUCCAUCAAUCAUGCAAGCAUACAACCUCUGUUAUUCGACUUUGGUCAAUCCUGCCGAUGUAGGCAAGCUCGACCCAGACAUCUACAGGAAAAGCGAAAACGGUAACGUAUUUGUUCAUUCUAGUGUCAAGAAGGGUAUUCUACCAACAAUUCUCGAGGAAUUGCUGAGCGCUCGUAAGCGAGCUAAAAAAGACAUGAAGAAUGCUCCCACAGAUUUCGAUCGAGCGGUACAAAAUGGUCGCCAGCUAGCGUUAAAGGUGUCUGCCAACUCUGUAUACGGUUUCACGGGUGCUACUGUCGGACAACUCCCGUGUCUCCCAAUUGCAUCAUCGGUUACAUCGUAUGGACGCCAACUGUUGGAAAAGACCAAAACCUUUGUUGAGGAGAAAUACACGAAGUCAAAUGGCUAUGACCACGACGCCCAGGUCGUAUACGGGGACACAGAUAGCGUAAUGGUAAAGUUUGGUCCAGCAACGGUCGCGGAAACGUUUCCAUUGGCGAUCGAAGCUGCUGAAAAAGCUUCCGAGAUUUUUCCGAGUCCAAUUCUUUUGGAGUUUGAAAAGGUUUAUUUUCCUUACCUCCUCAUGAACAAAAAACGCUACGCUGGUCUGAUGUGGACAGAAAUUGAGAAGUACGACAAGUUGGACACAAAGGGAUUGGAAGUGGUGCGUCGAGACAACUGUCAGCUGGUCCGUGAAGUUAUUCAGACGUCAUUAAACAAGAUAUUGAUCGAUCAAAAUGUUCAAGGGGCUAUCGAGUACGUCAAGUCUCAGAUCUCCGAUUUACUACAAAACAAGAUGGACAUUUCACGUCUGGUCAUUACAAAAUCUCUCAAUAAAGGGGCUGAAUAUGCUCUUGGUCUCGGUGGGAAGAAAGACGAUUACAAAGUCAAGCAGGCUCAUGUAGAGCUUGCCGCGCGAAUGAAAAAACGGGAUGCCGGAUCAGCGCCACAACUUGGUGAUCGUGUUCCAUACAUAAUUAUCACGGGUGCCAAAGGAGCUGCGAAUUUCGAAAAGGCUGAAGAUCCUAUCUACGUACUGGAAAACAAUCUACCAAUAGAUUGCAAGUGGUACUUGACAAACCAGCUGUCGAAGCCGUUGACUCGUAUCUUCGAACCUAUCAUUUCAGAUGUUGAUAAAUCCUUACUCCAGGGAGAUCACACUCGCAAGAUCUUUAUUCCAACUCCAAGCGCCAGGAAAGGUAGCUUAAUGAUGUUCGCCAAGAAGGUAGCACAAUGUAUUGGCUGCAAGGCAAGCGUGGAUGGUAAGAAAGGCUACUUGUGCAAACACUGCGUAAAUCGAGAAGAUGCAAUCUAUUUGGAGAAGUUAGAAAUUUUGCGUGAAGCCGAACUUCGCUACAAUGAUUUGUGGGCAGCUGCGCAGCGUAUCCAUGGUACUGUGCAUUCGGACAUUAUUUGUACGGGAGACGGUUGCAGUUGUCAGUUUUACCGUCGAAAGAAAGUUCAAGCUGAUAUACGCCUUGCUCAAGACGUCCUUGACAAGUUUGCUUCUUGAGCACUUUGAUCGAUAGCGCUAGUAACUAAAGCCGACACCAUGACGAAUUGGCACUCGGUAUCCAAGAUCGUAUUUAAGAAAUCAUAACAGUAUUUUUUACGCGCCAUG